AGCUGUCAAAGACAGCAAAAGAAAAACUUCGCGAAAUUCUGUGCCAGAAAGUGAGCUGCUCGGUUGUUGUUGAUCGUAGAUUCCUUUCCGAAAUCGAAAAAUUCCGUGGCGAAAUCGGUCCUAGAACUCCCAAAAAAAAAGUCCAUCCUAUCGUUCGGUGUCGGAAUUAAUCGUUGACCCACCAGACAUCAAACGAAGCACAAAAUCGCGAUCGAAUCGUUGUUACUUUCAAGUGGAUUGUGGCUGUGAAUCAAGGAUAAAGGUCGUGGAAAACGGAGAAAAGAAUGUAAAUUUUCUGCUUCGAUCGUCACGCAGUUUCGCUGAUCGAUCGAUCGAUCGCAUACGCAAGCAUUUGGAUUGUUGGAAAUUCCGCACGGACCAAGUGAAAACAUCACGCUGAUAGUGCGCUCUGUUUUUCGGAGAGGGGUGAAAAAAAUAUUCAAAGGCAUAAUCGGUAGACAAAAUGUCAGUCACAUUCGAGCAGAUAAUUUUGGACGCUAAAAGAAUCGCCAACCGGUUAAAGGACCGCGAAGCAUUGGGCGAUUCUCUAUUGCUGGAGUCGGAAUCCGUCAACAAACAGAUUGAAUCAAUGCGGCAGUUUCAGGACGAUAUCGACAUACUGAACAAGCUGGCACGGGACCGUUCCAACAAUCAACUGAUCACAAUUAUUCACCAGGAGAACCCACAGAUCCGGGAGAUCCAGCAGGAAAAUAGACUGUUAAAGGCGGCCUUGGAAGAUCACCAGCACGCACUGGAGCACAUAAUGACCAAGUAUCGAGAACAUACCCAGAGCAAGAUCCUCAACACCAAGGUCAAUUUUGUCGAAGCGUUUAGCAAACAUCAGCAAUUCAACGAGCAGAAAGACGAAGUGAUCCGACAGCAAACUCAGAAGAUCCAGGAAAUGGCAGCGGUUAUGCAGCGGGCCUCUCAACUGGACGAAGAGAAGUUCAACCAAGAGCAAGAGUUUCUCAGCAAGUUGAUUACGGAAAAUAAGGGUCUUCGAGAACUUCUGGAAAUUUCCCACAAGUACGGUUCCAACGGGCAGAAGAUUUUAGUUGACGAUAAAUCCACCCAAACUGACACAUACCUGCUGGAUGCGCUGGCGGCCUCCACAUCUAAUAGCGGAACGAGCUUUACCGAGUCAUCAGUUUCGAACACCGGCACCAUCAAGGUUAGUCCAUCGUCCCUGAAGUCCCAGGUCCCGACCGCAUCGUCAUCUACGGCACCCCCCACAACGGCGGCACCGGCUUUAAGUGGAAUCGCCAGUUCCUCUGGUUCCACCCUUUCGUGACGAGAUUCCGACGAUAACCAAGUGUCCGUAUUCUUCUGCUGCCAAUCGGCUUUACUGUAAUUCUUUUAAUCGAACCAGGAAAACCCCCGACAAAAAAUGUAAAACCGAAUCAUGUCGAAAUCUAAGGAAAACUCACACAAUUUUCAAUACCAUUCGCACCAUUUUUGCAAUCAUUGUUCAGCACGAACACAUUGUUCUCGCACCCAACUCUCACACAUUUGUUUCACAAAAAAAAAUGUUGCGUUCAUGUUUUGUAGUUUAGUUGCAAUUUGCAAAAUCACGUAAUAAUUUAAUUUAUAACAUAAUCGGCGACCAAGUAAAAGUAAAGAAUACCUUCCUUGUUUGCCGCGAAUACACAAUGGACUGAUGCAAAUUUGAUUCUUCUUGCUACCCUAAACCUAAAUGGUGUUGAUUGUGCAUAUUACGUUUUUGUCUGUCGGCUCCGCGAAGCGUGAUAACCGGCUGAGCCUAAAGAAGAACAACAUAAAGUAAAAGCAUAGAUAUGAAGUAAUAUUACAGUGGACGUUCGUUAAGUGCAACAUGUUUACGUCUCAAUAACCAAAUGUUGUUUGAUAACUGAGUAACAAUUGACAGAUGUCAAGAAUCUGCCCGAUUGUUCUAAAUGCAACGAACGUCUACUGUACUUUGAAAAGAAAAAUAUUUGGCAAUUGAAUUAACCACCUUUUUCAGCUUUAGGGAGCAAAACGUCCAAAUCAGCAUCUGUUGAAUGCACACAUCUCUAAUGUUGUUACAUUAUGCAUAGUUUCGUAGUUGCAAAAAUGACAGAUUAAAAUGUAUUAAUUCAUUGAAUCACAUUGCGCCCAUUUAGUGCUAGGUCUCACACAGCAAGUACGCAAGAAAAGCAAACAAUAUCAUAUUGUGUGACACUAUUGUUAACGUCUAAGUAGCCAAUGUGAAUUCAAGUCUCAUUAGUUUUACGCCUUCUCUAAGUUUUCCUUUUCAACUCUGUAUUGCAAAUGCUCCUGAAUUAAUAAAUUUAUAGGUAAUUAUAGGAACCUGAUAGUAAAAUAA